ACUCGAGAGGGGAAAUAUAAUAGCUGCGUGUGUCUGGUAUAGCUUGACGAAAAUUAAGUUUAACUGAAAAGAUGAGCACAAGAUGAGGGGCGGGUUCAGUUUUGGUAGCAUAAGAGUAUAAUUAUGUAAACCAUUUGCGCACGGAUUCACUACUCUAUGAACUCCACUGCGUGAAGCUGUUUACAUUUAAAAUCACAACCCGGUGUAUCGCAGCUGUACCCUGAAGGAUAGUUAAACUUUGGCAAAGAGGUGGAUUUCGAACAAAAAUGUUGGUUUUGAUGAUUUUGACUGCCUUUCUGGCGACCAGUUUGGCCCAUAAUGUAACAUUUUACAAGGUUGAUGAACCAAUUGAGGACCACUACAUCGUUGUAUUGAAGUCUGGCUAUGACGUGGCACCCAUCAAGAAUCUCAUCCUGAAAGAUCGUUCUGGAAUCUUCCGAGAGUCCCGUAUCAAACACACCUACACAAAGGCCAUUAAUGGCUUCUCAGCAAAACUAUCACAGAGAGCUCUCGAAAAGCUUCUUUAUCGUGAUGAAAUCAAGUACAUAUCGCAAGAUGGUAUAGUCAAUGCUUCUACCGUAGCUCAGUGGGGCUUAGACCGUGUCAACCAACGGAACCUACCUCUUACUGGAGAAUACAGUUUCACUGGAAAUGGCUCUGGCGUCAGUGUUUACGUUAUCGAUACAGGAAUCUAUCCACAGAGCACGUUCUUUGGAGAUCGGGCGAAAAUUGCAUUUGACGCACUUGGAACUGGUGCUUAUGGUGUAGACUGCAAUGGCCAUGGAACCCAUUGCGCUGGUACCGUAGGAGGUGAGAUAUUUGGAGUUGCCCCGGGUGUUAAUCUCUUUGGAGUACGUGUUCUUAAUUGCCAGGGAAGUGGUUCAACUUCUGAUGUCAUCGCAGGUUGUGAUUUUGUAGCGCUUUACGCCGUGAAGCCGGCCAUAGCUUCGAUGUCUCUAGGAGGCGGCCCCCAGCAGGCAUUAGAUGACGCCGUCAGAGGGAUGAUCAAUGCUAGCGUACCCACAGUUGUUGCUGCUGGCAACUCCAACAAUGAUUCAUGUCUUUACUCUCCCGCCAGAGUCGCAGAGGCGAUAACUGUUGGCGCUACAGGUAUCAACGAUCGUAGGGCUUAUUUCUCCAAUUAUGGGAGUUGUGUUGACCUGUUUGCCCCUGGUGUCAAUAUCCCAAGUGCAUCAAUAAGCGGAAAAGAGUACACACUUACAAUAAGUGGAACAUCAAUGGCGUGUCCUCAUGUAGCAGGCGCAGCAGCUAUUGCUCUCGCUAACGCCGAAGAACUGUCCCCUGCUGACCUGAAAACGAAACUCAUGGAAGAUACAACUGAGGGAGCGGUAUUCGAUGUUGGAACUGAUUCUCCUAACCGUCUUCUGUACGUGGGCUAGGAACCUAGCCAUUCGGGGAAAGACCAGUGGCGGCACAUUAUUUUUUAAGUGGGUGGGGUGUGGUGUGGGGAGGUGGCGGGACGUAAACUAAAAAUAAGAUGAGAUAAUUUUUUAAGAUCGAAAGAUGGUAUUUAAAAGCAUUUUACAGUCUGAUUAUGAUGUUUAUGUCAGCAUAUAUCUGCUAUUUACUAGUGACUCUACAUUUAUUUCGUUCUUUUUUUUUUUUUUUUUUCUUUGGGGUGACGAAGGGGGGGGGCAAAAACUUCCCCGAUGUCCCCGCCCCUUGGCUGUAAACCACAAGCCAUGAGAGCAAUGGUACUUUGAACUCUUCAGAGUUCAGAGAUUGGAAUAAAAUGAUGAUCUUAAUAGUAAUUAUGAUUACUUUUAAAUAUCUAGUGCACUUGAUCUAUGUGGUAUAGGUAGUAAUCUCGUUUCAGAUUUUUUCCGAUGGUCUUCAAUUUUCAAAGUGUUCAACUGUUUAAAACCGUUUUAGGAUAAAUACAUGCAAGCAUUUUAUAUGGCACAUGGAUUUCAUAUAAUGUUUAAUUCCUUUAUUUCUCUAGUAUGUUCUCGUAAAAAUAUAAUAUUUGCUAAUUGUUAUUCUUCUCUGGUGUCUGAUUUUGAUAAAAUCAAUUAGCGAUGAAAGCUCUAUGUUAUGCAGUAAUCACAUAAUCGUAUUUUUCAUUCAUUAUUCAUGUGACAUUAUUCAACUAUAUGCGAAAUAUAACUGAUUAAUGUUUUUGUUACAUGU